CUCUGUCACGGAGGUAUUGCGAUGAAGCAUUUGUGACCGCAAUUAAAUUCCGUGACGUACCGUACAUCCACCCACUCACUCCAUAUAAAAACAGGAAUAGCUCUUCAUAACACUAGAAAUUUUCGGUGGUCAAGAUUCUGUGUGUUUUCUACUAAUCACGUCAGUCAUGAAGCCGUCUUUAUUUUUGGUAUUGGCAGCUUUGGCACCCAUAGAAUGUGUCCCGAAUUACUGGUCAUACGGAUGGAAUAAUGCUUGGCAGGAUCUUCCUUUCUGCUCAAACGAUCCUGUACCAUGUGACAUGGCUUUAAAAAUGUAUGCCUCAAAAUCUCGCACUUCUCCGGAGAUUUACUCCACUGACAGAGAAAUAUGCACAUGUCCACAUGGAAACACAUGCCCCAGUGGAUGGAGCACGCGUGGCGAAAAAACCAUUACAAGAGACAUCCUAUCGAAAGGGAAAAGAAUUGGCAUUGCACUUCACUACUGUAAUCCAAUCGGAGGAGAGAGAACCUGCGGAGAUGAUGAGGUAGCAAUGGUGAUGGAGGGUGGAAAUAUUCCGGAAAAAAUCAAAGCCGUUAACUGUAAAUGCUCUAGCGAUGAACCUUUGAAAAUCCAGAAAAGUUACUAUCUUGGAUGGAAGUUGAACCAUGACCUUGUUUGUGCCAUGCCACAGUGUAACAUCAACCGUUCAGAUGGUGGAGUGUGUCAAAGAAUACAGCGAGUAAAAGACCCACAAACUUGGCUGGUAACUUACGUCAUUACAAACCUUUGUGAAUGUCCGAAUGGUUACGAUUGUGUACAGGAGGAACGACAAAACCUUUUCUACGGUGCUCUCGAUAACAGAGGAACCGAAUUUAUUAUUACCUUCAUGGACAACAAAAUCUUAGAAAAUAGGGACAUUCAGCCAGAAAUUUUCAUUACAACAGCGAAAACCCACCUGGUACACGUGACUGUGACUUCUCCGGGGGUACGUAAUUCUCACCUUCAUGAAACCUUUUCUAUCACAAAUGGACACGUAAAACGUGUCGCAGUGGAUACAAGCUAUCGUUUGAACCAAACAGAACUUAGCAAAAAAGGCAUUCUCAUUCAAGCUGACGAUGAAAUUGUUGUUUAUGGAGUGAACAGAGAGGUGUAUUCCGACGACGGUUAUUUGGCUUUGCCGACUGAUGUUCUUGGUACUGAGUAUUACACUAUGUCCUACAUACCAUCUUACUUUUACUGUGUUUUUGCUGUUAUUGGGGUUCAAGACCGAACACAUGUUUCAAUACAUCUACCAAAUACGCCUCAUCUCAACGUCACAUACAAAGGUCAUACUUAUCUUAAAAAUGAUUGGAUUAAUGUGACAUUGGACAGAUUUAGUACAUUUGAAAUCCACGCUGUUCCAGAUCUCAGUGGUGCGCAUAUAAUAUCCGAUAAACCCGUGGGUGUACUAAGUGGAAAUAAAAAGGCAGUGGUUGGAAACACAGGUGGUUCACGUGAUCAUUUAGUCGAGAUGUUGCUUCCAGUAUCAUCUUGGGGCAAAAAUUAUGCUACUGUCCCUAUUCCUGAGAGAAGCGUGGGAGACCUUUUCCAGUUCCUUGCCAGCGAAGACAACACCCAUGUUAAUGUAACAGGCGUUAUCAAUGGCAAAGCAUUCCAUGACCAUUUUGUCAUUCCAAAGGCGGGAACCUACGUCAAAAAACAAUACAGUUCUGCUCUUUAUUCCCAUGUGACGUCCGACAAACCAAUUUCUUUGUUUGAAUUUUCCCUGACUCAGAAAGGAGGAACAGAUUUGGCAGACCCAGCCAUGUUGAUUGUACCUCCUAUAGAACAGUACGCUGCUGACUAUACCUUUACCACGCCUGCUUAUUCAAAGGGACAAUAUACAAAUUAUUUUAUGUUCGUACUAGACGCUACCCAAAAGAACGGCUUACGACUAGAUGGUAAGCCCUUGCCAAGUAAUCAACAUUAUGUGACGAUACCCGGAAGUAAUCUAGUUGCUGGCUUUGUUAAGAUUCCUGUUGGGACCCAUUCUGUCACACACACAAAUCCAACUACUGUUAUCGGAGCAAUUCUUUUUGGCAAAGCAAAUCUUGAGUCAUAUGCCUUCCCCAUUGGUUUACUACUCACCCCAGUCAACACGGGUUGCCGUGCUAAACAGAUGCAGUACGGAGAUGAAAUAGACAAUGAUUGUGAUGGCGAGAUAGACGAAGAAAGGGCAGAUGGAAAAGACAAUGAUGGAGAUGGUCGUAUUGACGAAGACUGCGAUGCAUUCCACCCAAAUUCCGUCCCAGCUGUAGGAAAGCGCGGGUUUUAA